ACAGUCCCAGCACGGUCACACUUAAACAGCUUAGACUUGACAAACAAAAAGAAUUGUAGUUUUUUUUACCGCUAACUACGACUUAUUAGAAUCCCACAGACAGCAUGGAGCAAAUGGAAGUGGAUGUGGACCUGUCGGCUAAGCCGAGCACCUCGUCCUCUUCCAACGGGGCAUGCAAACCACAGGAUCCGGCUCCGGACAAGCAGGCGCAGCCCCAGGGAAACAUAAUGGCUGCAGUGGGCACCAGCGGAUCGGUGACGAUUUCGCUGCAUCCACUGGUCAUAAUGAAUAUAUCGGAGCACUGGACCCGAUUCCGGGCGCAGCACGGCGAGCCGCGGCAAGUAUACGGAGCUCUGAUUGGCAAGCAGAAGGGCCGAAAUAUUGAGAUUAUGAACUCGUUCGAACUUAAGACGGAUGUAAUCGGUGAUGAAACGGUCAUCAACAAGGAUUACUACAAUAAGAAGGAACAGCAGUACAAGCAGGUAUUCAGCGAUCUCGACUUCAUAGGGUGGUACACAACCGGCGAGAAUCCCACUGCCGACGACAUAAAGAUCCAGAAACAAAUUGCAGCUAUCAACGAGUGUCCCAUUAUGCUGCAGCUGAAUCCGCUCUCUCGCAGCGUUGACCAUCUUCCGCUGAAGCUCUUCGAAUCCCUAAUCGAUCUGGUGGAUGGCGAGGCCACUAUGCUGUUUGUGCCCCUUACCUACACAUUGGCCACCGAGGAGGCGGAGCGUAUUGGCGUGGAUCACGUGGCCCGCAUGACCUCAAACGAAUCGGGCGAAAAGAGUGUGGUUGCCGAGCACCUGGUGGCCCAAGAUAGCGCCAUUAAAAUGCUAAACACACGCAUCAAGAUCGUGCUGCAGUACAUUCGCGAUGUGGAGGCCGGAAAGCUGCGCGCAAACCAGGAGAUUUUACGCGAGGCCUACGCACUCUGCCACCGGCUGCCCGUAAUGCAGGUGCCCGCCUUUCAGGAGGAGUUUUACACGCAGUGCAACGACGUGGGAUUGAUUAGCUACCUGGGCACGCUGACCAAGGGCUGCAACGAUAUGCACCACUUUGUGAACAAGUUUAACAUGCUGUACGACCGCCAGGGAUCCACGCGCCGCCUGCGAAGCCUCUACUAUUAAUAUGCAGCCUCAAUAAAAGCCACUGAGAUAAAUGUA